UGGAGGAAAGUCAACCAUGGCCUCUGCAAAGAAGGUAACUGAGAAGCGGCAUAACCCAGUGGAAAGCAUCUGCAGAAAAAUCCGAGCCAUCCAAAAGAGAGAGAUUUCACAUCCCAUCCAACACAUUGUCAGAUACCAGUCUAGCAGUUUUGACAGUCCACAGACUAACCCCAAGAAGGAUCUUGAAGAGGUGCUGAGGAGAAUGAUUGCUGCCCAAGUGCCUCCGCCCAACACGCUCUCCUCGAGUUCUGAGAGAGGUGAAGCCUUCAUUUCACCUCCUCACAUCGCAUCUCCAGGAGAUCCAACCAGCUCCCACCCCAGCUCUCCUGAGAGUGCAGCACACUCUGCUAUCCUCACAAGGUCUGAAAACAUCUCAAGGCCGAGAUCACAGAGCCCCCAGAAUUGCACAUCUUUGAGAUCCCAGAUCAGAAAAAGGGAGCGCUUCUCUAACAAGGAUUUGAACAACUAUUGUAAUGAAAAUGAUUUUCGUUCCUUAACACUUGACUUUGAUUCUGCCUCUGAUCAAAGCUCCGGAUUUUUCACUCCUCAGGAUUCAGUGGUGAAAAAAUUAUCUCUGAAUGAAGAGGGAUGGAACCUAGGAACUGAGGAUGGCAAGGAAGAUGUAACCCACAGCAAUACCAGGACCUGUGAUGAAGAGUGGCUUACGAGUAUUUUUUGUGCAUGUGACAGAAAAUGUAGAGGCUCAGUAGAAGUCACCAAAAUAAUAGAUUACCUGAGACAAACAGCUGGUCAGGGUUCUGAAGAGGGUGUCCUCGAGGAGCUGUGGAACAUGCUCGAUCCUGAGAAGAGAGACCCGCAGAUGAAUCUGGAAACCUUCCAGGCCAUCGUGAAAGAAUGGAUGGCUCACGGGAGGAACAAACGGUAA